UGAGUCCCUAAGGAGCACGGGGAGAGUGCAAGUGCCCCCCAUGUCCCCACACUCAGACACUGACCCCGUGCAGAGUGUGUACGGACUAUAGUAUGGAGGGCUCUCCCCCUCCUGCCCCCAGACAGGUGAGGGGAGCCCUCCAGCCCUGUAAGGGCCCAGAGCGCAUUACGUCACCCCGCGACCCUCCAGGGGCCCGGAGAAAACUUAAGCGCAUUUACGUCCGGGGAGGGGGUCAGAUGCCCACUGACCCACAUUUUGUUGUGUUGUAGUCUACAGACACAGUUAAUAAUAAUUGUAAUAGUCCAGUUAUAAACGACAUGAAUCAAAGAUGUGUUGCUGUAUUUUAGUGGUAAACAAAUGCAUUCAUCAUCAUAAUUAUUCUAUAUAUAUAAUUUACAGUGCCUGUAAACCGGAGGAGAACGCUGGCCUUUAUUCUCCUACUUGAACGACUACGGAGGGAGGGGGAGGAGAAGGAGCCGGUUUUGGGUGCACCCCCUCAACCAGCAAAGGAGACAACAAGGUGAUUUUCAUCACCUCGUGGCUGAGCUGAGGCUGGACAGCCAACGACAUCCUCGAUAUUUUCGGAUGAGUGCAGAACAGAUGGAUGAACUUCUGUCCCUCCUGGGCCCUGAACUGACCAGACAAUCCACAAAUUACAGAGCUGCCAUCGAACCCAAGCAGAGACUGGCUGUUGCACUGAGAUACUUGGCUUCCGGGGACUCACUGAUCAGCCUAGCAUUCAACUAUCGCCUAGGAUGCACUACUGUGACAAACUCUGUCCAUAUGGUGUAUGCAGCCAUUGAGAAAAAGAUGAUGGAGAGGUUCCUACCCAGGCCAACAGAAGAAACAUGGAAGGAGGUCGCACAAGGCUUCUGGGAAAAAUGGAAUUUCCCAAAUUGCCUGGGAGCAAUAGAUGGAAAACACGCACCACCACGGUCUGGGAAUCAGUACUUCAAUUACAAGAAGACAUUUUCCAUAGUGCUUUUGGCACUUGUUGAUGCUGACUACAGGUUCCGAGUGAUUCAGGUGGGGGACUUCGGAAGAACAAGUGAUGGUGGGACGUAUGCCGGAUCGGAUUUGGGGAAAGGAAUGGAGAACACUUCAUGUUCCAACCAGUACCUUUCUACCUGGUGCUGCUCACCUGGGUGAGAUGCCAUUCGUCAUGGUGGGUGACGCAGCUUUCCCACUCAAGCCAUACCUCAUGAGACCAUACUCCGGAAAGAACCUCACUCAUCAAAAGAGGAUUUUAAACUACAGACUUUCCAGAGCAAGGAUGGUGGUGGAAAAUGCCUUCGGCCUUCUGGCCUCCAGGUGGAGAAUCUUCCAUCGCCGUAUCAACCUGCACCCGGAAAGCGUGAACAAGCUUGUGGUGGCUGCAUGCAUCCUUCACAACUUCCUGCUGGCCCCUAGUGAAAACCAGAGGUUGCUGGAGGAGGAAGAGCAGCAGGGGAGAUACAUGGCACCAGUGAGAAACAUGGGAGCAAACAGGGCAUCAAGAGAGGCCUGUAAUGUGAGGGAGGCUUUCUGCACCUUCUUCAACUCUCCUAAGGGCAGUGUGUCUUGACAGGACAGGAUGGUGUGAUUACUGGAACACAAUAGUUAUUAUACCGCCAAAUCGAUUGAAAAAUGUGUUCUUUUUUCAUUCCAGAAAAUUAUAAAAAGUUAUUGUACUACCAUUUGCAUUUGUAAAAAAGUGUUCUUUAUUUGUAAUAUGCUAUGUUAUUUCUUUUCAAAUCAAUAGUUUUGUCUAACAAAUGACUGCCAAAUGAUUCUUGUCUGUCCUCACAAUUUAUCUUCAGACUAGAAAUGCAAGGACCACCACAGCAUACUGUAUUUAAACAUUAUUGACAGUACUUUGUGUAGUUGUUAUAACACUAUACUCACAUUUAUUUUCACUAUAUCUGUAAAGCGUCUUUGAGCACCUGUAAAAGCGCUAACAAAAUACAUCUAUUAUUAUUAUUAUUAUUAUUAUUAUAGCUAAGUGAAGUUAGGCUAAUCCUGGAUGAACUUCUGUCCCUCCUGGGCCCUGAACUGACCAGACAAUCCACAAAUUACAGAGCUGCCAUUGAACCCAAGCAGAGACUGGCUGUUGCACUGAGGUAAAAUGCACAUUUCACAGACAAUAAA